GCAAAGUACUUUAUAACUUGUAGGAUUUUCUUGACAAUCAUUUCCUUAUUAGCUGAUGGAAAACCUAUGCUGCUUCUGUGUGCAUCAUACGCGGUGGAAAACCAAACCAAUCCCCACAAGCAGGUGAUAGAAAAGAUUUCUUCAACUCAAGCGGAUUAAUUCCAUGUGACAGUUAAUUUUGCUCGAUACAAGCAUUAUGGUAUACAGUUGAAGAUCUUUUAGCAUGCUGACAGUAGCAAACAGUAAUAAUAUGCAAUCAAUAAAGCAAGAAGUGGACUCCAAUCAGUCCUACAGUGGAGAGGAUGCCCUGUGCCUGGCUGUGGCUUUACAAGGGACCAACAGAGACCUCCUGAGCCACAAAAUCUCUGCACUUCCUUUCAAGGCUAAAUCUGCUUGUCGUAGGAAAAGGGAGUUUAUCCCAGGAAAAAAAGACACCCUGUACUGGGAGAGGCGUCGUAAAAACAACGAAGCAGCCAAGCGUUCAAGGGAGAAGCGACGCAUAAAUGAUAUGGUGCUAGAGAACAAAUUGGUAGCACUUGGCGAGGAAAAUGCCUCCCUCAAGGCUGAGCUGCUGUCAUUGAAGUUGAAGUUUGGAUUGGUGAGCUCGACAGCAUAUGCCCAAGAAGUCCAACGGUUAUCCAGCUCCGCCGCUCUUAACCUCCACCAAAUGUUUAUUCCACCCAAUGCUAGCCAAGGUUUUACCAGCAAAGAAAAGGAGCCUAUUCACCUGCGCAGCAGCUGCAUAUCAGUCAUCAGGCAUUCACCUCAUAUGCCCAAGACAUUUACCGCAACUCAGGGUAGCUUUACUGUCUGCAGGAAUGCAGAGGUCAAGCAGGAACCGGGAGAGAAUGGCAGCUAUAGACAAGAGCAAGGUAGUCCCUAUGAACUCUACAAACCUGGCAUAGCCAGCCCUUUGUCUGGAGUCUACACUCAGUCUGCAUCAUUCAUGCAGAUCAUGAGGUCAUCUAGUAACUCACCCAGGAGCUCGGAUGAUGGUGCAGUUAGCAAAUCAUCUGAUGGUGAGGAUGAGCAGCAGGUCCCCAAAGGGUUGAUGCCAUUUGUAGUAGACCCAAGAAGCAUCAUUGUCUCCACACAUAAAGUGCCAGAUGGUAGUUCUUCAGCUUUACCCCAUAAACUGCGGAUUAAAUCCAGAACCGUCCAAAUCAAAGUGGAGGCAAUCGACCCCGAAUACGAAUCCUCUGGAAAGUCCUCUUCUCCUGUCAGUAUUUCAGAGGGAGAAUGCUACCAGGCCACAAAAAGCACUUUUGGUUGCACACAGGCUUCUCACUGCCCUUUGUCAGUACAGGUCACCAACAUGCAAGACUGGAGCCAGCAGUCUGAGCAAUGGCAUGUAAGCCACGCAAUGACACUGCAGGGUGGGUGCACGAAUAAUGAUGAGUCCUCAAGCCCCGUGUCAAACAAAACCAUUGUGGAUGUAAAAGACUCUUCCUAUGCACACUUGCAUGCAGAAGACUGGUAUGUAAAACAGAGCUUUGGCACCCUGUCUCCCAGAGCAGUCGCUUCCAAAAGAGAACAGGUACCUGGAAUAGAUUCUACCAAAAGCGUCGCUGAUCAUCAUGAGACAUGAGUUUCUCUGAAUGACAAUUGUAUGCUUAGCAUUAUAUUUGCUGUUUCACUGUGUGGACAUUUGGGUUAAACAAUGUUUUCUUUUGGUAAAUUUUCAAAUAAAUGAGUUUGAAUAAAAUACUAGAGUCACAAAUAAUAGUUUUUGUGUAUCCAGGCUAUUUUCCAGUGAAGGUUGAGGAGAAAUGGAAUUACCCACAUUGUCAUAUGAUAAAUUUAGUAUAAUAUUCCUGUUCCUCUUACAAAGGCUAUUUCACUUAAUAAUGCCAGUUCAUUGUACUUUGGCUUUUUCCAAUCCAAACUUACUGUUAAUGAAACCAACACUUUAUGGCAUUGUUUGUGUUAAAUUACAUCAUUAACAGAUGGGUUUUAUGUCAUUUAACAAAGCAGGAAGCUAUUUAAUGUGAAGUGAACAGUGGAGAAGACUGGAAUGUUGAAGUGGUAAUUGGAACUAGUCUAUGUAGCAGCAGAGUGGUGAAAACUGAUAAAGGUUAAACUGUACGUGACAAAUUAUUCAGCAUCAUGUCCCUCCACGUUUUGCAAAGUAAAAUAGGAUCACAUGCAUAAGUAGCCUAAGUAAGGAUUUUCUGGGUACUUUGAGAAUUUGCUAUAGACUGUUAUUGUGUAAAACAUUGUGAGUGAAAGGUUUUUUUUGGUUUGUUUGUUUUCAAGAGUCCAAACUGUUCAUGAUUGCUAUCAUAGAGCGUUGCCUAUUGAUAUGUACCUGCUGUUGUUGAGCGCUGCUUUUUUCUUUUUUUUUCUUUUAUUUUGUGGCGCUGAAAAAAGGUUCCAGUUGUUAACAGCAGCCCUCCCCCUGCUGUCAAAUUUGUGGCCAGGAGCAGCCUGGCCAUUAUUUGCCUUGAAGCUGAAAUUCUUCAUGUUUUAAGUCAUAUUAUUGGUUUGUAUGUUUGUGUAGUGCCAGAUUACUUUUCUUUUAACAACUUCCUUAAAGUGAAUGAA